AUGUGCACAAAUUGUUCCGGAAAUCAUCCAGCAUAUGAUAAGCUUUGUCCAAAAUACCAACAAUCUAAAGAGAUUUUAAAAAUUCAAGUUGAAAAUAAAUGUACAAUGAAAGAAGCAAUUACACUGUACAAAAACCAAAUUCCUUCAAUUAUUGGUGGCCCCUCUUUCGCUUCUGUUACACAAAAUUUUAACACACUUAAUCAACAACAACAAAAUGACUCAUCACAAUCUCUAAACAAUUCAAAAACAAAUAAUUUACCUCCAACUGAACCGCAACAACUAAAUCCUAAUUUACCAAAUAAUACCUCUCAACAAAACAUAGAACAAAACAUAAAUCAUAAUAAUCCUCUCAGUAAUAUUCUCACCCAAUUAAUUUCCAACCAACAACAUACAGGCAACACAACCACUUGCUUCACCCACGAAAAUAUUUAUCAACAAUUCAAUGCAUUCACAGCAAACAACACAAUCAACAACGAUAACCUGCUUUCUCCUGUUGAUCCUCUACCAGCUCUCCCAAUUGAGCAACAAGAUGUUAAUAUGGAAUCAAAAACAAAUACAGAAUUACCUCCCUAA